CUGGAAUUCCUGGGAAGGUGCGACCAUCUGGCUGGCCCCGUCAAUUCUACGACCUGGAUUACGUGAGUCUUUUCAAUCACUUUGUUUUUCUCCAAUCUCAUCCAUCGUCCGUUUCUCAUUCACCCUCCUCGCCGUCUCUAGGUUUCGUACCCGUUUCUAUAGGUACCAACCCGAGUCCGUCCGCUACCGAAGGGUCAUGCCGCUGUCGGCCCCUUGAUUUUCGCAUUUAUUUUCAUCGCAUUAUUCGGUCAAAUCACUGCUUCGGUUGGCGAAGCAGGCAUGCGGCCAAUUGAGCUCGACACUCCCACACCGUCGUUGGAUUUUGUACUGUCACAUCUAGAAUCGCACCCGUGAUGUCCCUCUCGCCGGCCUCUCUUCGACGUACGCAGACGGACUUUUCGACCGACACCUCGAGUCCGCUCCGUCAUGGGUCGACAGCAUCCACCAACUCCUCGAUUUAUUCCAUCUCGUCGAACUCAUUCGCACCAAGUCGCACGAGUACCGUUUCGUCAAAUGCCUCGAUUGGGUCUGUAGCCGGCAUGGGUCACAAAAGAGGUAAAAGCGAAUACAACGCCAUGACUGGCGACAAGACACCUCGACCGGGGAUUUCCAGUGCUGCCACGACGUAUGAGAAUAUCCGCCGUUCCUUGCGACCACUGCCCCAGGCCCCAAACGCCUCUCCGCCAGCCAGCAAGCCGUCAGCCUACCGGCAUACGCGGAGCCAAACUGUCGACAACCCCCAGUACUGGAAAGAGAACCGCCCGCAGACCCCCGAAUCGCGCCCGUCUAAUCAUGCGGACUUUGAACCUCUGAAGACAAAAGAUUUGUACGCCGCGCAAACGCCCCCGACAACCAACUCACCCAAGAAUUACUCUCCUCGACCAGCCUCACCCCUUACGCCGACUCAACCCAAAGCGCAACAUUCACACAGUCUGUCAAAUCCACCUGCUUUCAAAACGGCUUUAUCUGCCCCAGAGCUGGAGAUUUUCCAGAAAUCGUCGACUGGCCAUCUCCGAACCUUGUCGAAAUUUGCCAAGUCCAGCGAAACCGAAGAUUUUGCCAUUGACAGUCAUACUCCAUCGGUCGUUGGCUUACAAGGACGACGACGCUUGAAGCGGACGAAUUCGGUAUCUGUCAGCCAUGGCCCGGCUGCGACAGCAAGGAAGAACGCAUCGGCAUGGACGGCCGGAAAUUGGAUGGAUCAACAGCGACAGUUCCUACAGGCGUAUGAGUAUCUUUGCCACAUCGGAGAGGCCAAGGAAUGGAUCGAAGAAGUGAUUCAAAAGCAGAUCCCACCCAUCGUUCAGCUCGAAGAAGCUCUCCGGGAUGGAGUGACGCUCGCAGAGGUCGUCCAGGCGAUGUACCCGAACCGCAACUUUCGCAUAUUCAGACAUGCGAGGCUGCAGUAUCGUCACUCGGACAACAUUGCCUUGUUCUUUCGGCUACUGGACGAGGUAGAGCUGCCGGAGCUUUUUCGGUUCGAACUGAUUGAUUUGUACGAAAAGAAAAACAUUCCCAAAGUUAUCCACUGCAUUCAUGCGUUGUCGUGGCUCCUGUUUAAAAAGGGACUUGUCGAGUUUCGAAUGGGUAAUCUUGUUGGCCAGCUGGAAUUCGAGCAUCAUGAGCUUGAGCAAAUGCAAAAGGGUCUAGACAAGGCGGGUGUGAGCAUGCCCAGUUUCUCGGGUAUGGCAGCCAACUUCGGCGCGGAGCCUGAGCCAGAGCCCGAGCCCGAGCCCGAAUCUGAGGAGGAUCGAAUCCAUCGAGAACUAUACGAGAACGAGGGGGCGAUCGCGGAAUUUCAAGCGCAGCUUAGGGGAGCGAUGCUCCGACUGCAGCUUGGGAAUUUGAUGAACGAUUUAUGGGACUUCGAACCACUGCUGAUUGACCUUCAAGCUCGCCUUCGCGGCGAUUGGGCUCGCCAGGUCAUCCAAUAUCGGCUGGAUAUGCGAAAGUUUGCGGUCAAUCUCCAAGCGAGCUGCAGGGGGUUCAUCGUGCGAUCUCGCCAGAAAGGGGACAUGGAAAGCUACCAAGCCCAAGAGUUCGAUAUACUACAGCUACAAUCGAUCAUCAGAGCUUCCAAGGCUAGAUCCCAAGUUAAUUAUCUGCGAAGCCAGAUGCGAAAAGGGGAAUCCGGCGUGAAGCGCUUCCAGGCUGCUAUUCGAGGUGCUCUGCAGCGCAAGGAGAUGGGUGACCUGUACGCCGAUCUCGAGGACGCGGAGGGUGGAAUCCAAUUAUUGCAAGCCGCAGUUAGGGGAGCCCUACAACGCCAACGGUUCUCACAGCAACACGAUGCGACUCGGUCUGCUGAAGAGAGUGUGAAGCAUCUGCAGGCUUUCAUACGGGGUGGCUUCCUCCGCAAAGAAAUGAGCGCGCAAUACGAAAAGCUCGACGAUGCCCGGCGCAACGCGGAGCUCCUGCAAGCAACAAUUCGAGGGAUGCUGACCCGCAGUUCAGUUGCGCACACUCUGGACAGGCUUUCCAAAGACACACCAUCAAUCCUUGCGAUCCAAGCCGGGGCAAGGGCCUUAGCAGUUCGAAAGCAACAAGCCCAGCUAGCAGAAGCGCUUUCAAAGACGGAGGAUCAAUGUAUUGAUUUACAGGCUGCUGUACGUGGAGGCGCUCUCAGGGAGCGUCUCGAGCACCUGCGAUCCCAAUUAGCCGAGCACGUGCCAUCAACUGUUGACCUUCAAAGCAUUCUCCGGGCACAGGCUGUCCGAACGCACUUGGACUCGCAGCGAGAAGCCUUGGAGAGCGAGAGCGCCCGUAUUCUCGACAUGCAGUCAAUGGCUCGUGGUGUGCUCUUAAGGCGACGCCUUGAGGCUGAUGCGGAUGCUUUGCAACAGCAGGAACUCGCCAUUGUUGACCUCCAGGCUCUUGCAAGAGCCGCGAUUCUGCGUAUUGAGGUAGGCGGAAUACUCGAGGACCUGGAAGACUGCGAAGAUGAAAUCAGUCAGCUCCAGGCACAGAUCCGGGCAAUGCUCGUCCGCGUGGAUGUUGGGCAAGAUUUGGCCGACCUGGCUGCUGAGGAAGAUGUCAUCACUGACCUCCAAGCGCACAUCCGGGGACACCUUGUUCGGUUCAAAUUCGAAGAAAAACGACACUAUUACCGAGCCAACAUGGAGAAGGUCAUCAAGGCACAAAGCUUUGUGAGAGGCAGGAUCCAGGGACAAGCAUACAAGAGCUUGACAAGUGGCAAGAACCCACCGGUUGGAACGGUCAAAGGCUUUGUCCAUCUUCUCAACGACAGCGAGUUCGAUUUUGACGAAGAAAUUGAAUUCGAACGCAUGAGAAAGGUGGUCGUUCAACAGGUCCGGCAAAACGAACUGGCUGAGCAAUACAUCAGCCAACUCGACAUCAAAAUUGCUCUGUUAGUGAAAAACAAGAUUACCCUCGAUGAAGUUGUGAAGCACCAGAGGCAUUUCGGUGGCCAUGUGGGCAGCCUUCUUCCAAACCGUGAAAUUUCCUCAAAGGACCCCUUCGACUUGAAGGCACUGAACAAGACGUCACGACGAAAGUUGGACCAAUACCAGGUGUUAUUCUUCCUUCUGCAAACGCAGUCUCAAUAUCUUGCCAAGCUCUUCCGAAGGUUGCGUGAGCAGAACACGGCAGAGAAGGAGUACGAGCGGAUUCGACACUUGAUGAUGGGACUCUUCGGAUACUCUCAGAAGAGACGCGAGGAAUACUACCUGAUUAAGCUUCUGGCGCGUUCUGCCAGGGAGGAGAUUGAGAGCUUCGAUUCACUGCAAGAAUACCUGCGCUGCAACUCCUUCUGGAACAAACUCUUCGCCUCGUACAUCAAAUCGCCGCGGGAUCGGAAGUUCAUGCGUGAUGUUCUGGGCACUGUGGUGCGGGAGAAUGUGAUCGACAACCCCGAGCUGGAUCUAGAGAGCGACCCGAUGCAGAUCUAUCGUUCUGCUAUGAAUGACGAAGAGCUCCGAACAGGCAAGAGAAGCCGUCGUCGUCCGGAUAUCCCUCGAGAAGAAGCUAUCAGAGACCCCGAGACAAGGGCGACCUUUAUCCAGCACUUGCAGGACCUUCGUGACAUUGCUGAUCAAUUCUUCGCUGCUUUCGAGGAGCUCCUGUACCGCAUGCCCUUCGGUAUUCGCUACAUUGCGAAGGAGAUGUACGAGGGCCUUCUUGCUCGAUUCUCCAAAGAAGACCCUGGCUUUAUCCUGCAGACUGCGGGCCACUGGGUGUGGAGAAACUACUUCCAGCCCGCUUUGGUGGAACCUGAGAAGUUUGGUGUGGUCGAUCGCGGGCUUACCCAGGAGCAGAAGCGGAACUUGUCGGAGAUCGCAAAGGUUAUUGCUCAGGUUGCAUCCGGAAGACUAUUCGGCGCAGAGAAUGUCUAUCUCCAGCCAUUGAAUAGUUACAUCGGAGACUCGAUACAACGACUGGGUCAAAUAUGGGGCGACAUGGUCACUGUGCAAGACGCCGAGGCCUAUUUUGAUAUUGACGAGUUCAACGAUCUUUACGCUAAGACAAAGCCAACUCUAUACAUCAAAAUGUCUGAUAUCUUCUCCAUUCAUCAGCUUGUUGCUUCGGAAAUUCAUUAUAUCUGCCCGAAUCCCGACGAUAUCCUGAAAGAGAUCAUACGCGAUCUCGGCAAUGUCAAAUCGAACGAGAACGAGCUGAUGAGUGUCAAUUCCUCGGAGAUCAACCUUACAUUGAACCCCAAACUUGCGCAGACCGAAGAUCCGGAGGCGGAUAUCAAGGCCCUAUUCAUGGAAACUAAGCGAUGCGUGCUCUACAUCAUCCGAGUCCAAACGGGCGCCAACCUUAUGGAGAUCAUGGUGAAACCCCCGACGGAAGAAGACGAGGAAAAAUGGAUGACGCUGGUGCGCGAUGAACUCAGCGCGAAUAACACGCGCCAAAGUGCUUACUCCGACGCCAACACUAUGGUCGACAUCGCGUCCAUGAGCUACUCAGAGUUGAAACGGACGGCCCUCGAGAACAUCCUCCACCUUGAACAAAGCAGUAGAAUUCGCCGGGACAACUACUACCAGGAUCUUCUCAAUGCCAUCGCCAUCGAUAUCCGAACGAAGCAUCGCCGCCGGAUUCAGCGACAACGCGAAUUGGAAAGCACUCGCCUCACAAUGACUCGACUGAAUGACCAAGCUGCUUGGCUGGACCAGCAGCUCAAGACAUACAACGACUACAUCGAACAGGCAAUGGUGACGUUGCAGAACAAGAAGGGCAAGAAACGUUUCCUUAUGCCAUUCACCAAGCAAUGGGAUCACCAGCGCGAGCUCCAGAAGUCCGGAAAGGUCUUCAAGUUUGGUUCCUACAAGUAUUCAGCCCGCAACCUGGCAGACAAGGGCGUCCUGGUCCACUGGAAGGGGUACACUGAGCGUCAAUGGGACCGAGUUGAUCUGACCAUCUCAAGCAACGAAGUCGGCGUUUUCACCCUUGAUGGAAGCAGUGGUCCAAUGAUGGUUCCCGGAGCCAAUGCCCAGGUGCCGCUGGACGAUUUGCUACAGGCCCAGUUCAACAACAUGCAGUUCUUGGACUUCUUCGAGGGACAUUUACGAGUCAACGUCAACCUUUUCCUCCAUCUCAUCAUGAGGAAAUUCUAUAACGAAUGAUUGCCUUCCAAAUUUGACGACGGGAUUUCAAGGUGUUUAUCUGUUUACUUCUCUUUGCUUUAUUUUCGCCCCCUUUGCGGUGUGUCUUUUCAAUAUUUUCUCGCCAUUUUCCUUUUUUGCUCAUGAUGCACACACUCAUUCAGGACAUACUCCUUUAUUUUAUGAUAUGUCAGGCAGAGAAAUCCUACCCGACAUGAUGUAUCACUCGGCACAUGCAGGAUCUCAAUGCCUUGAUUGUUUACGCUUCGGAUUACCCCUUUGUUACGUUUUGCACGCUUUGAUUUUGAUGAUAUGAUUACCCUGCAUGCUUGCAACUCUGUUCUUUGUUAUUCUUUCUUUUUCUUGUGAUGAUUUAGACGACUCAUGUAUGUAUGUAUCGAAUAGUAUUGUUUAGUACAUGAUGUCGUCCUGGCAAUGAUAGUUUUGAUUCUCCCAUGGAACCAAGUAGGCAUCUGUAGUACGUUAGUAUGUGAAAGUGAUUGUGGCCUGUUCGUCUGUAGAAUCAACCAAAUUAAUACCAGGGACCAUGCGAUGGGAUAAAUGAAUUAAUUAACAUGACGUUUCGCAGCAGGUUCAGGGGCUGCCACGUGACCGCCACC